AUGGUGGUGAUGGUCGACGGAGGGUGGCGGUGGUCGGUGGUGGCGGCUGGCGGCGAUGGUGGUCGAUGGUGGUGGCGACAACGACAGUUGGUGGUGGUGGUCGACGGUAGCGGGAGGUGGCUGCGAAAGAUAGCGGUAGUAGUCGGGGUGGUGGUGGUCGGUGGCGGUGGGUGGCGGCGAUGGUGGUCGAUGGUGGUGGUGACGGGUGGUGGCGACGACGACAGUGGGUUGUGGUGGUUGAUGGUAGCGGGUGGUGGCAGCGGAGGAUGGUGGUGGUGGUCGGCGGAGGGUGGCGGUAGUGGUCGGGGUGGCGGUGGUUUACGAUGGCGGGUGGCGGAGGACGGUGGUGGUCGGCGGAGGUUGGUGACGAAUGGUGACGACGGUAGGUGGUGGUGGUGGCCAAUGGUGGAGGUGAUGGACGGUGUUUGUGAUGUAGGCUGA